AUGCCGUCGCGAGCCGCUAUCCGCAUGAAGCACCCUUCCUUCUCGGUGUCCGUAACCACGGCGUCCCAGCUCCACGACGCCGUCGACCGCCUCCUCCCGCUCCUCCGCGCCGACGCCUCCCACGCCUCCGCGGCGCGCGCGAUCGCCGCGGCCGUCGCUUCAUUCCGGCCGCCCUCCACGCUCCUCUCCAACCGCAUCCUCCACCUGCUCUCCUCCCACCCGGCCACUCUCCCGGACGCGGUCGCCCUCCUCGCCUCCCUCCCAAGCACCGAUGUGUGCUCCUACAACACCCUCGUCGCCGCGCUCGGCCGCUCCUCGCGCGGCCUCGCCUCCGCGCGCGCGCUGUUCGACCGAAUGCCCCGGAGGGACCACUUCUCCUGGUCCGCCGUCAUCUCCGCCCACGCGCGCCACGGCCAGCCCCGCGCCGCGCUCGCGAUCUACCGCCGGAUGCUGCGGGAGCCGGGGAGCGCCGGCGCGGACAACGAGUUCACCGCGUCCAGCGCGCUCGCCGCGGCCACGGCCGCCCGGUGCGCGCGCGCGGGGAGGGAGCUGCACUGCCACGUGGUCAGGAGAGGGAUCGACGCGGAUGCCGUCGUCUGGAGCGCGCUCGCAGACAUGUACGCCAAGUGCGGGCGCGUGGACGACGCGAGGAGCGUGUUCGAUAGGAUGCCGGUUCGGGACGUCGUCUCUUGGACGGCCAUGGUGGAGAGGUAUUUUGACGCCGGGCGCGAUGGUCAAGGCUUCAGGCUGUUCGUGCGCAUGCUGAGGAGUGGCAUUCAACCGAAUGAGUUCACGUAUGCGGGGGUUCUGCGUGCUUGCGCAGAAUUCACCUGCGAGAAACUCGGGAAGCAGGUGCAUGGUCGAAUGACAAAGAGCAGGGCAGGGGAUUCAUGCUUUGCAGAGAGUGCGCUUGUGCACAUGUAUUCCAAGUACGGCGACAUGGGAACUGCAGUGGGUGUCUUUAGGGGGAUGCCAAAGCCGGACUUGGUGUCAUGGACAGCCAUGAUCUCUGGCUAUGCACAGAAUGGGCAGCCAGAUGAGGCAUUGCAUUACUUCGACAUGUUAUUGAGGUCCGGAUUCAGGCCUGAUCAUGUCACCUUUGUUGGUGUUCUAUCUGCAUGUGCUCAUGCUGGCCUGGUCGAUAAAGGUCUGGGUAUCUUCCAUUCGAUAAAGGAUGAAUAUGGUAUUGAGCACACUGCUGAUCAUUAUGCUUGUGUGAUUGAUCUCCUCAGCCGGUCAGGCCUGUUUGAGCGAGCAGAAGAGAUGAUCGACACAAUGUCUGUAAAGCCUAACAAGUUCCUAUGGGCGUCCUUGCUUGGUGGCUGCCGGAUUCAUAAGAAUGUCCGCCUCGCAAAGUGGGCAGCAGAAGCAUUAUUUGAAAUUGAACCUGAAAAUCCAGCAACAUAUGUUACUCUAGCCAAUAUUUAUGCAUCAGUUGGUUUGUUUGAUGAAGUUGAGAAUACGAGACGGAUCAUGGAGUUAAAGCGCAUUACUAAAAUGCCAGCCUCAAGUUGGAUUGAAGCUGGGACAAGGGUGCAUGUGUUUCUGGUUGGGGAUAAGUUGCAUCCUCAAGCUGAAGAAAUAUAUGCGCUUCUGAAGAAGCUGUAUCUGAAGAUGAGGGAAGAAGGGUAUGUGGCAGACACCGGAUUUGUUCUCCAUGAUGUAGAAGACGAGCAGAAGCAGCAGGACAUUGGUUAUCAUAGCGAGCGGCUUGCUGUUGCUUUUGGAAUCAUUGCUACUCCGAAGGGUGCUCCCAUCAAGGUUUUCAAGAAUCUGCGCAUUUGUGGGGACUGUCAUACCACUAUUAAGUUAAUAUCAAAGAUUGUGCAGAGAGAGAUCAUUGUCAGGGACUCUAAUAGGUUCCAUCACUUCAAGAAUGGGAGUUGUUCUUGCAGGGAUUUUUGGUGA